AAGCUUUAUAGCUGAAUCACCUCCACCUGUGGGCAAACAUCUUCCACAAAGUAGACAUCAGAGAACAUCCACACAGAGCAGAAUGAGAGGUAUAGUGUUUCUGUGUCUGCUGGGAUGCUCCCUUGCUCAAAAUUUGACAUACUCUUGGAAUGGCCCUGGAACUUCCAGUCAGGGUGACCCCAACGCUGCCAAUGAGUGCCUGACUGACACACAGACCUGUGGCUGCUGCCUGAUGCAGAAACAGAUGUGGAGGAUGGAGACUUUCUUCAACAUGAGCCUGGCCGAGCUGCAGAGGGGUCUGGAGAGAGCUCAGGGUGUUCUAAACACCAUGCGAUCCAGCCGCAGUGCCUUCUCAGUGGCUCUGACUGAUACUCGCCGAUGUGUGGGUCCGAACCGUGCUGACGUGGUGGUGCAGUACCAGAGUGUGUUUAUUAACCUGGGUGACGGCUACAGUGUCAGCACUGGUGUAUUCACAGUCCCUCGCUCUGGGGUGUAUGCCCUGGCACUGACUGUCUACAGUGAUGCAGGGGCCGUCGGGGUCCUCUUGGCUGCCUGUGGCCGCAUGCGCCGAAAUGGCCGUGUAAUUGCAGCACUUAAUGAGUACAACACGCAGGACCAGGAGGACAGCGCCACCGUCGUCCUGGCAGUACAGAUGCAGGCUGGGGACAAGGUGGACGUUAUUCUUCCUGCCACUUGCUACCUAUGUGACGACAACAGCCACUACAACACCUUCAGUGGCUUCCUGCUCUACGCCACUGACUGAAACCCUUUAGUUCUCUCUCAAAGUUGAGGUUGAGAGCAUUAAGUCUUCACUCAGUUCUGUGACCAUAUGUCUACUCCAUUAAACUUUGUCAUUUGUCUUAUAGGUCCUCAUGGCCCUUCAUAACCAGGGCUAUAAAUUCUUUUCCAAUGACAUAAUUCUCAAAAUCUCUUGGGCUUUCCUGUUAUCACUGAACUCCAGGAUCAUCACAAUAGCCCUAAUGUACAGUGUGCAUUGUAAAUGGACCUCUAACUAAACAGUUUCUUUUCCUUUUUUUAAUCAUUAGCCUGAUCAGUAAAGGUCUGAUUGUCAGAUUGUGAUGUUGGUGACAGAGCAUCAAAUGUGUCUACCCAAGUGUAUUGGAAAUAAAGCUGGAUAAACUAUUGAAAAAUAUUUCUGCAUCUAAUAAUUGUCAUAUAAUGAAAUAUGAUAUAUUUUAUGACAGUUUAAACAGUAUAAAUAAAAACGAACAGUUCAGAAAA